GAAGGAACAGAAUUUCUGAAAAUAUCAUUUUUCUCUCUUCAUCUCUGUCAUCUGAUUUUGCAACAGAUACGGAGUCCAUUCAGCCAUGUCGUCGAGAGGAGCUGAUGGCGACCUCAAAGACCCGUCGCACGACCGGCGUCACCGCGCGCCCCCCGUCAUCUCAGGGACGUGCCGCGACCCUAGCGCCGGCAGCACCAGUAAAGUCCGGCUGAGAAUAGACGACGACACCAGCGGUACAGUCGCUACAUCUGCCGACCCAGCAGAGGUGCAGCAGGUGCACGUACAGCGGCCAGCCUACACGCUGCCUCAGCUCAGACAUGACCUCUGCUACCAGCCCAGCCCCAAGAGAGGCCUCAAGGGCUCGCUCAAAUCCUGCCUGAGGUCAUCAUGCCGCUGCUCCCCCGGCGCCCUGUGGUCCCUCCUGCAGCAGAGGGUGCCGCUGCUAGCGUGGCUCCCCACCUACUCCCCCAGACGCGACCUCGUCGGGGACCUCAUCGCUGGUCUCACUGUCGCUGUCAUGCACAUCCCACAAGGCAUGGCUUACGCAAUGUUGGCGGAGGUGCCCCCGAUUUUGGGUCUGUACACAGCCUUCUUUCCGGUGCUGGCCUACGCCAUCUUCGGCACCUCGAAACAUGUCUCUGUUGGUACUUUUGCCGUAUGUAGUCUGAUGACGGGAAAAGUGGUGGGAGACUUAGCUACCCCAAUAUUUCCAGCAGUUACCACGGUAACGUCAUUGUUGGCACAACAUCUCGACAACACAACCAUGCCUUCAUCCGUGUUGCCUAACUCGGGCUCGGCUGCCAUUCUCAACAGCUUGAGGAUUUCUGCUCGGAGCUUAGACAAGUCCAGCUCCCUGUCUGACGUCUCUCAGGCACCGGUCGGGUUUGCUGACGCCGUGAAUGACACGUUGCUCACUGGAUUGUCUACCAUGACCACCUCAGGUCCUGAGAGCAGCAGCGGCCCGGUGCAGUACACGCCCCUGCAAGUGUGCGUGGCUGUCGCCUUCAUGGUCGGAGUGUGGCAAAUUCUCUUCGGUCUCCUGCACCUGGGUGACAUGUGCGUGUUGCUCUCUGACAUGCUCAUCUCAGGCUUCACUACGGGAGCCGCUGUACACGUCCUGUCGUCCCAACUCAAACACAUCUUCGGCCUCCCAGUCCCCCGCUACAGCGGACCCUUCCGACUUAUUUAUACGUACAUUGACCUGGUGAAAAUGCUGCCCUCAGUCAACGCGACUGCGUUGGUCAUGUCGGUGGUGUGCAUAGCGGUGCUUGUUUUCAACAACGAAAUAAUAAAGCCGCGCUUGAGAAAAAUCACGAACUUCCCGGUGCCCAUCGAGCUGAUUGUCGUGGUGGUCGGAACGACCGUCGAAUACUUCGUACAGUUCGAGACGACCAACGAACUCAAUGUCGUGGGCGACAUUCCGACGGGAUUACCUGAGGCUACUUUGCCGGACUACAACCUCUUCGGGCUUAUGCUGGCCGACACGUUUGUUCUCGCCAUCGUCGUGUUCAUCAUCUCCUUCUCUAUGGUGAAGAUCUUCAGCACCAAGCACGGCUACCGCGUCGACGCCACGCAGGAGCUUUACGCCGGGGGCAUCAGCAAUAUCUUCGGCUCAAUGUUCUCUUGCGUGCCGUCGUGCGUGUCGCUCUCUCGCUCUCUCAUCCAAGAGUCUGUCGGUGGCCGCACGCAAAUGACUUCGUUCGUGUCUUGCUCAGCCAUGUUCUUCGUCCUGCUAUUCAUCGGACCUUUAUUUGAAACCCUGCCUAAUUGCGUGUUGGCGUCGAUCAUCAUAGUAGCUCUGAAGGGAAUGUUUCUGCAGAUGUACGACUUCAUAUCGUCUUGGAAGCGGUCUAAAGGCGACGCUAUGUUAUGGUUGGUCUCGUUCAGCGUGACCGUCCUCGUGGACAUCGACUACGGCUUGGGCUGUGGCCUCCUAUUCUCCCUCCUGGUCCUCUUCAAGCGCUACUUUGACCCUGUGGUUGCCAAGCUAGGUUGGGUGCCCAACACCGAUAUCUACCUCGAGUUGGACAACUACCAGUCGGUGGUGUCGGUGGCAGGGGCAAGUAUCUGUAAGGUAACCGGGGCUCUAAACUUCGUCAACAUAGAAUGCUUCAAGAAGAGGCUCGUCAAAGUAACGGGACUUGAUGUCGAAAAAGUGGCGUUAGCAAAGUCACACCGUGACCAGCAGUUAGUAACUCCCACGCACCGGGCUUCAGAAGCUCGAGGAUCUCAGAAACCUGGAACUCCAGUUGACGAUGUUGGUGACAUCUCGACUGGUGGGAGGCCUGGCCAGACCAUCCCGGCUCCUGCUGAAAACCUCACAAGGGAAGUCAUCAAAGAUGCCAUCGUUAACGUCUUCCACUGUAACAUGAGCUUCUCUUGUCAAGCCUCGCAGAAAAAUAAUGACUUUACUAAUGGCCAGGAGAAUCUCGCGUACCUGCAAGAUGAACAACCACAAGAACAACUCAACAACUCGUGCUCCACUAACUUCACAUCGACAAAGACCUCACAUGGUGUUGUUGAUUCGUCCAAAGUGGAUAUGAAUAUGUUGGUGCUUUGCUUUUCGAGCGUCAGUUGGUUGGACUUUACCGCAGCCAAGCAGUUGGAAAAUCUCUUUGACACCUACAGCAAAGCUGGCAUCACUUUGGUGGUAGCAGGAGCCAAUGAUCAAGUUUUGGAAACGCUGAAAAUUAGCGGUCUCUUCGCCCGCAUUCCCGAGAACAGAUUCUUUUUGAGCAUCCACGACGCGCUGACGUUCUUGGCCGCCGCUUCGGAGCAGAAUAGCGGCCGUGUGCCGAGCGCCGCUCGGAUUUUUGCCGCCGCUUCGGAGCAGAAUAGCGGCCAUGUGCCGGGUGCCGCCCGGAGCUCCACGCACGACGCUCGGCCGGCCGUCGUGGCGCUGUCUCCUGCCCUGCCUGCCGCUGCCACCACUGCUGGACAGUCAUGCCAAUAUUCUAAAGCUGACAUACCUUAAUGUGUCUCUUUUUUAUUUCGAAAAUAUAGUUAAAGUUGAAGAAAAGUUGACGCUCUGUAUUUGCAAAUAGGAACGUCAAAAAAUCAAAACGAGGCAGCUGGUGAGGGUCAGUCUAUUAUUGUUAUUAUCAGGCAGUGAGUCUAGUCUAAUUCAUUAUUUUUGCGAGCUUAUUCUCUUCGAAUAGCCGAAAAUCUUAAAAUGAACUAUGAGUGGGCUGCCUGAUCGAUGAUUUCCAGCCUCAGCAGAAAUUGGGGCAUCGCAGCUGUCUUACAGAUUUAGUCAAGUUGAAUAGACUACAAUUUGUGACGAUUACUACAGGGGUAUAAACAAGUCUGCUAGGAAUUUUUAAAAUUAAAUUUGUUCAUUAAUCAAGUCCGUUUGUAGUAACUUGUUAUCAGGCAUAGAGACAUUGAAAAGGAGGUCUGGAACUGUGUGGAAUUUCCUCACUCCUUUCAAUCAGCUUCGAAUUUGGAAAAUAGGAAAGUAAAAGUCUUCCGUUGAAUCGUCGUUCCGAGAAGGUCGUUGGCUGUUAAGUGUCAACCAAGUAUAAUGGCGUGUGUAUACAACGCAACUUGUCUCUGUGUAUGGACGUUAGCCUAACAUAUCCCUCGUUGCCAUAAGUUAACUGGUGCUAUAUAUACUUGCAUCAUUUACAUUAGAAUUUGUACCUGAAAGCUCAACUGGUCAUUCCAGCGGAACGUGAGCGGUCCGAAUUUUUGUGUUUCAUUUCGUCGAGCAUGAAAUGCAAGACGAAUCAUGAUAGAACAAAAUAUUCUUAAUUCGCUUAAUUUUAAAAAACAUUUAUUUAAUUAU